AUCUACGUCAUUUAUCUUUUAACUAGCUUCUUAACACGCCAGUUACUUGGUCUUGCGUUUCAUAGAACCUUGAUGGGAAACUCCGGUAAAGCUCCGGCGAUGGAAACGCCGAGUGAUAUCUUCCAACGGUUGGUGAACGAAGAUUCUACUGGUGGUUGGGAGAAGACCUGGAAAGCAGGAGCAACUCCAUGGGACUUGGGAAAACCAACGCCUAUCAUUAAGCAUCUCGCUGAGACUGGUUCAUUGCCUAAAGGCAGAGCUCUUGUUCCUGGUUGUGGAACCGGUUAUGAUGUGGUAGCAAUGGCCUGUCCUGAUCGUUAUGUUAUUGGAUUAGAUAUAUCUAAAACUGUGGUUGAGCAAUCAUCAAAGAGGUUUUCCUCUCUGCCUAAUGCAAAGUACUUCUCUUUCUUGUGUGAAGACUUCUUCACUUGGGAGCCAGCUGAAAAAUUCGAUCUCAUUUUCGACUAUACUUUCUUCUGUGCUUUUGAAGCUAGCGUGAGAUCUCUAUGGGCACAGCGAGUAGAGAAACUUCUGAAACCAAGUGGAGAGCUUAUAACAUUGAUGUUUCCUCUCGAUGAGCGUUCUGGAGGUCCUCCUUACAAAGUAUCUGUGUCUGAUUACGAGAAGGUUCUUAUUCCCUUGGGGUUUGAGGCAAUCUCCAUUGUGGAUAACGAACUUGCUAUAAGACCACGCAAGGGAGUGGAGAAGAUUGGAAGAUGGAAGAAGAAAUCUCCAACGUUUCCCUCAAACUUGUGAAUUGCGAUGAUACUUUAUUGAUUAUUAAGAAGCUUUAUUCUUCAGAUCUGGAUGUUUAUGUGAUACUUUCACUGGUAAACUAAAUGUGUUAAGGACCCCGGUACUCGCAGCGCAACCGGAAAUCUCCCCCCGAGAAGCAGUAAAGGAGCUUCGGAUUUUCGGCCCCCGCGGGCUCCUCUUCCUUAGCGGCUUUGAGCUGGAAUUGUCAAGGCUUGGGGAACAUCUUGACAAUUCGACGUCUGCGAG